AUGGAACUGACCAAUAACUACAUCGCAGGAAAGAUAUUACGUGGAACUGGUGAAAUUGUUUACAUAGAAAGACAAACACUCUACACAUAUUGCGAAUCGUUGCAGUUCAUGAUGCACAGAAAGAAGUUUCCUAAACCUGGAAAAUUCCAAUUCGUGAUGCACGGAAAGCAGUUUCCUAUCGAAAUUCAGUUUCCUAAAGCUGGAAAAUUCCAAAGUGGGAGAGGCAAAGGUAGAGUGACAGGGAAAAAAAAGGAGCAGCAGGAGCGCGAAGCAAGGUUGAAGUUUGAAAAACAACUUGAAAUUGAACGACAGGCUAGAGCAGAGGAGAAUAUUAGGCGAGAAAGAGAACAACGGGAAUACAACGAGCGUGUUUUAAAAGAACAAUUAGCGCGGGAGCAGUUCAAAGCACGGCCUGAAAAUCAGUUCAUAAUAGAAAGGACAAAGUCUCAUGCUCGAAAAGUGGAGGGUCAACAUCAGCGUCGUUUGAACGAAAAGGAACAAGAGCGUGAAAAAGAACGUAAAGGAUUAUUAAAUAUUCGCAGCGAAGGGUCUGGAAAAGCAAUAAAACAACGGGAAGGUGACCAUAUCAAUAGUCCAAUAAAUGCUCAGGUGUCGGUUGUCUGUGUUGGAGAAGUUAAUUUGGGAGGAGAACCUCAGACUAUAGAACAAUUAAUGCGUCAGCAAACACAAAGCGAUAAUAUUGUAUUAGACAGCGUGUACUGGCGGAGAAGCAAAGACAAACUCAGCUUUUUAGUCAACAACCUUGCACACAAUACAUACUCGAGGGAUGUAAGGCUAGGAGAAAUAAGGCGUAUAAUGAACAGAAAAAGGCUGAGAAAGCAUCCAAAAAGGAACCAGUGCAGAAAGUUAAAAGCACUAAACAAGUAUCCUAGACACAUUUUGUAGCCCAGAAAGCACGGUGGGCGAGAGAAAAGAAGGCAGAUAUGGAAAGAAUGGCUGCUAGCAGUGAUGCUAGCACAGUU